UAGCCAACUCGACAUACCUGUUGGGUUCAGACGGUGAUGGUAAUUGUACCAUGAAAGAGGUUUAGCGUUCCAUCUGAGCGAAAAAAACGCCAGUUUCGUCGAAAAUCGGUGUUUCGCGGGUGCGUUUUCUCGAAAAACACAGUGACUGGGUGGUGAAUUUGUAGUUUAGUGCGAUUUUUUUGGAUUUUAAGCGCUUUGGAUUUAAUCCGUGCUCCACAAGGACACGGCCCGUGCCAUAAUACCAUGCCCUAAAAUGGCCCUAAAACUCCGCAAAGACAUCAAAAAGUCCUCCUACUAUGUCUGGUUCUUGGGGGCUAAGGAAUCCAAGGGCCUGCGCGGCUCCGAGUUCGUCCUCCCGGUCAUCAAGCACCUCGAGGAGCGCGAGAAGGACGUGGAGCCCUUCAAAGUCACGCUCCAGGUGUCGCACAAGGGCCUGAAGAUCAUCCAGAAUGUGGUCUCGCAGAAGGGCUCCAAGCCCAAGAACGAGACCAUCAAGCACUUCAUCCCACACAACACGAUCACGUGCGUGUACCAGAAGGAGGACGUCAUAGCGUGUAUUUUGUUGCUGUUCAACCCCGUCACCAAGUGCCCCCUGCACGUGCACGCCUACAGGUGCGACAGCCUGGAGACGGCCAGCUUGCUCAAGCAGCAACUCCUGGUGCUGAUCGAGCGGCCGGAGAACCAGAAGAAGUUCGCGGAGAUAGAGGGCCGGCUGAAGGCGGCGAAGGAGGUGAAGAAGGUGGAGUCGUCGGUGGGGAGCGACACGGGGACGAGCACGAGGGAGAGCGAGUCGAGCGAAGAGAGAUUCGCCGUCGAAACCACGCGCGUGACCACCCUCUACGACUCCGUGGCCGCCGAACUCCGCGAGAAACUCAACAAGAACAAGGUCCCCAUCCUGCUGCCGCCCCGCGACUACGACACCGUCCACCGCCAGAAGGGCAACCUCACCGGCAUCGAACUCCGCCGCUGCCUCAACGCCAACAUCGUGGGCCAGAACGCCAAAGGUCGCCGCCUCGAGAGCAGCGGCGGCAGCUCGGGCAUCGGCUCCGACCACCCCCCCAGCCCCGACUCGCCCGACGCCACUGACGCCCGCUUCAACACCUUGGACAAUCAAAGCACCAGCGAUGAAGACUGGAACGGAAACCCCGCCGAGUCCACCCUCUACUUGAUGCACGGCCCCCCUCAAGUCACCCUGCCCAGAGCCACCCGCGACAAGUCCCCCGAAUCGCCCCGCUACUCCAGAUACAGCGAAAAACCCCGCCCCACUACUAAAGACAUCGCCAAGUACUUAGAAAAACCCAUAUCGAAGUACCUCGAGAAGCAGAAGUCGCUAGAACGGCAGAAAUCCAUCGAGCAACAGAAAACUCUAGAGCGGCAGAAAUCCAUCGAUCGCCAGAAGUCGCUGGAGCGGCAGAGGUCCAUCGAGCGACAGCACCCACUAGAGCGCCAGAAGUCCUUCGAUCGGUACUACAACGACGACUACGAGCCGGAAAAGGAGAAACCCAUGAAGUACUUCGAGGAUGACGGGUUCGACGAAAACAUAAGGUAUAGGAGUCGAGGUCGCUACGACGGUAACGACGCGUCGUACCCGUCGCGGUCGUACCAAGAACCCCCAGUGCCCAAAAUCCGCCAGAAGUACGCCAACGAAGACAAGUACUACUACCAGUCGCGCUCCAAGUCGGCCCAGCACCGCCAACGCAGCCCCCCGUCCGAAGACGACAACACCUCCCCCAGAGACCGGUUCCAAGACGCCAAGGAAAAGUUCCUGUCUAUGGAAAAAGAGAGAGGUACGCAGAAACUAGAGCCUCCGAUUUCGCCAGUAACGAAAGAUAAGCCUUUUAUUAAGAGACACGAGAGCAUGAUGUACACAGAGUCGAGAUCAUCCAGACCUAGAGAAGAAGUCCGGUACCGGGAAGUGCCUCUGGGGAGGUACCGCGACAAGUACGACCCCAAGAGGCGGUCCAUGUUUAAUCUGAUCGAAGAGGAGCACCGCAAGAACUCCAAUGAAAUCGCACGAGAGUUGAAGAGGAGGAGUUACAUGGAUGACGAAGUGGUUGAUACUAGAGAUACUAACUAUAACUACUCUAAGUCGACUGCGGAGCUGGAUCAAAUGGGGGAGGGGAAGUACAAGAAUCAGAAGAACUCGGCUGGGUAUAGGCACAGUUACGCCGAGCCCAAACUGAGGAUGGAGAAGGGAGGGAAGAAACACUUCGAGGUGUUGCAUAGAACCAAUAGUGUGACGAAUAAUGGUAGAGUGGGGAUAGCAAGCGUCCAUCCCUAUUGAGUGCUCAUGUAUAUAUUUCAGGAUCAGGAACCAUGACAAUAACACUAAGUCUAAGCGAGUUUUGUAUAUUUAUUGUUCUUGACGUGCCUUUUUCAUUUUUGAAUCGGGGGUAAAUUUUUGGAACGUACUAAACGCGCGGUGGCCAUACAGUAAAUUUAAAAGACACGAAAUAGCUUGAAAUAGUCAAAAUAGAUAUACGUUAUUUUCAAAUUUUGCUAUGUAAUGUAAACACUGCCCUGUGAUUUACCCCUUGUCAGUAACAAAGCUAUUAAUGGUUUUAUUUAGUUAUUUAUAUUUUUAUAUAAUUUAUGUAACUCUUUUGGUUUUAUCUUGUAUAUUAUAUCAGAUGU